UCAACGACGUCAGAGACAAUCACAGUCACGAGCACGUCCAGUACCUCGUCCACCUCCGUCACAAUAACGACCAGUGUCACCAACACUGCCACAUCAACUUCGGUCACACAGACGACCUCAGUUACAACAUCAUCCACAACGUCGUCUUCCACCACAAGUUCAUCGACUACUUCUACCACCUCAACGAGUGUCACAUCAACUCUGACGACAACGUCCUCCACAAUAACUACCCAAACUACCACGACGGUCAGCACCACGACGGUCAGCACCACGACGGUCACCAUAACAUCC